UCGCCUUCUGUCAUUCUAUCACGACUAUAGGACUGGAGGAGUGCGGUAUCGAAGGUUGUAAUACACGUGCACUUUUUCCCAGCACACCAAGAUGCGCCGAGCGUUCCAGCGAUGCUCUGCAUCACUGACACGACCACUGUCGUCGACCCUCACCAGCACAUCGCGAGCUACGCAGCAAUGCCUUCGCACAAAAGGUUUCCUUUCCCGACAGAUAUCCAUCACAUUUCCCGCCACACGCAAUCUGCAUCAGUCGAGCAGACUUCGAGACGCCGCCACUGAGCAAUCGAUGCCCACCACCGAACCCAUCACCCGCUUCAAGGAUCUGGAAACGCAUAACAUCGUGCACCCCAAUAUUGUGCGCGCACUGACCGAGCAUAUGGGCUUGGAGACGAUGACUGAGGUACAGACGAGGACCCUCAACGAGGCGAUCAAGGGCGUGGACGUGAUUGCGCAGGCGAGAACGGGAACGGGAAAGACAUUGGCUUUCCUCCUUCCCAUCUUGCAGAGAAUUAUCAACGAUGACCCAUCGAUUGCAGAGCGAGGACAUGGGCGUCGUGGCCGACACAUGACUGCCGAUGACAUUCGAGGUUUGAUCAUUUCGCCUACAAGAGAAUUGGCCGAGCAAAUCGCAGUCGAGGCGAAGAAGCUGUGCAGAAAUACUGGUGUCAUUGUGCAAACUGCUGUCGGUGGUACGCAAAAAUCGGCGGGCUUGAGAGCAAUCCAGCGCGAGGGAUGCCACCUCCUGGUGGGCACUCCAGGCCGUCUGAAGGACAUCCUAUCAGACAGGGACAGCAGAGUGGAGGCUCCAGAUCUGCAAGCGCUUGUCUUCGACGAAGCCGACAGACUGCUCGACCAAGGCUUCUGGCCUGACGUGCAAGAUAUCAUGCGUCUCCUCCCAGACACAGUCGAGAAGGAUCGCCAGACGCUCAUGUUCUCCGCUACCUUGCCCAAAGAGGUCGUGCGCAUCGUUCGCAGCACGCUGAAGCCAGGGUUCAACUUCGUCAAGUGCGUAAGAGACGACGAGGAGCCAACGCACGUACGAGUGCCCCAGAAGUCUGUCUCGCUGGUGGGACUGGAAAACUGUGUACCUGCAUUGAUCGAGCUUUGCCAACGUGCAAUUGAGGCAUCGCGGAGUUCUGGCACGAGACCGUACAAGGCUGUCGUCUUCUUCAACAGUACCGCCGAAGUGACGCUCGCCACGUCCGUUCUCUUGGGUCUGCGGGAAGAGAGUGCGCAACACGCAGAUAACGUCGGUCGAGGAAAAGGCGCGCACCCAUGGUAUCCCAUCAGGAUUUUUGAGAUUCACGCAAAAUUGUCACAGCAACAGCGCUCCAGAGCGGCCGAUGACUUUCGUAGCGCACAGUCUGGUAUCUUGCUAUCGUCAGAUGUCACUGCAAGAGGUAUGGACUUCCCUGAUGUGACACACGUCAUUCAGAUCGGUCUUCCACCGUCCAGAGAGCAAUACAUCCACCGCCUCGGACGUACCGCUCGCGCUGGCAAAGAGGGAGAAGGCUGGAUAUUCCUCAACCCGGUCGAUCAGGCCGAGGCUCGAAGUCGCCUUCGUGAUCUCAACUUGACCAAGGACGACACGUUGCAGAUUCCUAAGAUGGACCUCACGCAACCGGCAGACGUUCCAGCUUAUGCUGGCAGGAUCUUGAGCAUGUAUCAAAAUGCAAUCAAGUCAGUCGCUCUCAGUGAAAAAACCAAGGUCUACCUGGCACAGUUUGGAAUAUACCAGUGGUUCAACCGUAAGCAGCAAUUAGUACACAUGAUAAACAAUCUUUCACGCUUUGGCUGGGGAUUGAGCACACCACCCUGUGUGCCACCUGGACUCGCGGCGAGGCUGAGGCUCAAAAAAUUGGAGGGCAUAGUCGUUGGUGAGGACCUACUCUCCCUUCCAGAGGAUAGACGGGGAGAAUUCGGAAGCUCUGGACGAGGAGAAUACACGCCUCGUGAAAGCGCAAGCGGUUCCAGUUUUGGCAACCGUGGAGGUGAUGGAGGAGAAUAUCAGCCCAGACGUCCCAGCUAUGGCAGGGAUGGGUCCAGCUACUCCAAUCGAGGGGACAGAAAUAGUUCCUUUGGAGAUCGAGGCGGCAGAAGCAGCUAUGGCGGCGGGCGAGGCAGAAGCAACUAUGGCGGCGAGAGGGGCAGAAGCAACUAUGGCGGCGAGAGAGGCAAUUACGGUCGUGGACGACCAGAGCGGAGCGAGGCAUCUGGUUUCUACUAGAUGCAAUAGACGGGGCAGCUCAUCGAUUUGCAUGCUAACGGCGCUGGUGUUUGGAAUGGGGUGUGUAUAACAUGGGCUAGAAAAGGAAGCCUGUUGUCCAGCUUGGCCAGGCAGGCAUGAUACAGUGUAAAAGUACCGUUAUGUGUAGUUCUUGGUCACCACGCGGUGACGAAUCUCCAAUCCAUGAUACCCA